GUUUUUAGUUUUAUCCGCACGUUUGACGGGACGAGGUGUACUUCUGUUCCGUUUUCUUUCUUUUUUUUCGGUUGUUUGUCGGUGGGUGUAUCCGGUUUUGCGGUUUACGGUGUUGAUGUGAUCAAUUCGUUAUCAAAGUUUUGUGCAGUGUGAACUCAUGUGUUGAUGGAAUGUCUAUCUCCACUCGGUUAUUCUUCGUUGGACAGAUGUUUACAGUUUGAAUGCCGAAGCUAUGGCGACAAUUAGUUAAAUGUAUCUGGAUAGGUACUGAGGAAUCUGUGAUGAAAGUAAAAUGUUUAGAAAAGCGCAACGUGCCCCGGACCGAGAGCGAGAGAAAAAUCAAAGUGUGUGUGUGUGUGCAUUCAAGCUACGUUGUGGAAAAGGAGGAAAAUAUCGACUAGGAGGCAAAAAAUCAGAUAUUUCCAAUCGCCUCGCCGAACACUGUUUGCACCCGAAAAAGAGACCCAGAUGCGUGUGUCUAGUGAUAAUUAAAUUGCUAUCGGAUCCGGAAGUGACCCAAGGGGUGACGCUUCCGACACCUUUUUUUAACGCCACAAUGAAAAUAUACUACCGUUAGUGUUUUUAGUGAAUUAGUUGAUAUUUUUUUCGGUUCGUUCAAUUUUGUUCCAUUAGUGAGGAAAAGUCGAUUGCAAUGCGAAUAAAAUUUCGAGACGGGUUAGCAAAUAGUCAAACAUUAGUGCCAUGGAUCAAAUUCGAUGCUGAUUGUACCGACCGGAUAGCCGUCGUAACAGGCACGUUUCGGAACCGAACGAUACUGUCGGCAGUAGCCGGAAGUGGUUCUAAGCAAUGAGCAGUGCGAAAAUAGUGUGCAAUGUUAUCAUCGUUUGGUUUAUUUUGAAAGUUGUUGGAAGAAUCGUCUGCCUGCCGGAUGUCCGUGCCACAUGCCGAACGGUGCCGGGAUUGACGCGGGAACAGUUGGAACUGUGCUACAGGGCGAGCGAUGUGACAGCGGCAGCCAUCGAGGGACUGGAACUGGGCGUCCGCGAGUGUCAGCAUCAGUUUCAGUGGCACCGGUGGAACUGCUCGUCGUUGAGCACCAAAAGCCGAAAUCCACACACGUCCAGCAUGCUGAAGCGAGGCUACCGUGAGAGUGCCUUUGCGUACGCGAUUGCUGCGGCCGGGGUUACCCACAGUGUGGCACGAGCCUGUGCCCAGGGCCGAUUAAUUUCCUGCGGUUGUGAUCCAGCUGUCAACCGGAAGGGAAUGACCAAGUCGCUGCGGGAGAGUUUGGAGAAGGAGAAAUUGCGGUUUCUGGAUGCCAUCAAUGAGAACAGUGUGCUGGUCGAUGACAGUUUCAAGAAGUUGAAAACCAAACAAGCCAGCCGCUGGAAGUGGGGUGGUUGCUCUCACAACAUGGCGUUUGGCGCUGAAUUUUCCGAACUGUUUUUGGAUACGAGGGAAAAGGGGGGCGACAUUCAAUCGCAAAUUAAUCUGCACAACAAUCAUGCGGGACGACGGGCUGUCUCAAACAACAUGCAGGUUCGCUGCAAGUGUCACGGGAUGUCAGGCAGUUGUCAGUUGAAGACAUGCUGGAAAUCGGCGCCGGAUUUUCGAGUCGUGGGAAAAGUCCUCAAACAACAAUAUCGUCGUGCGAUUCUGGUGGAUCAGUCCAAUUUAGGGAACGGCCCGCCGAUGAUCGUGUAUCACAAACCAAAGAAGCGGAAACACGCCCACAAUAUACGACCGCCAAGGCGUACGAAGGACAAACCGCAUCUGCUGGUUCCUAUUAGUCGAACCAAUCGCAAGAUGGAAAAUGCUCUGUUCUACUACCAAAGAUCGCCGAACUUUUGCGAGCGGGACCAGAUCUCGGAUAUUCCAGGAACGGUUGGACGGCGAUGCAACCGAACUAGUGGCGGCAGUGAAGGCUGCGGUUCGAUGUGCUGUGGCCGGGGCUACAAUCUGGUCCGGGAGAAACGGGUGGACCGUUGCAACUGCAAAUUCCACUGGUGCUGCUACGUCGAGUGCGAUGACUGCGAAGUCGAGGAGUGGAUUAGUGUUUGCAAUUGAGGACAAAUUGUUCCGCGCCGUCCCUCCGCUCCUUCUCUCGUUCGAUUAGGUCGAUUCAGUUAUCGAGUUACGCAAUAAUUGUGAAACAGUACCUACCUACCUAUCUACCGGCAAGUACCAGGGGAAGCUAAUCAGACCUAACCGACUCUAUCGGACGGCAGCGAAUCUAAAGUGAGAUAAAAAUUUAAUUGCACCCGCGUGCAUCGAAUGCUGAAGAUUGGAAACGAAGGCCGGAGGAAGGACAAACGGAGAAUGUCCGUACGAACUAAAGUGAACGGAUAGUGUUUAUGCUUGACACAAACGAGCCUGGUGGAAAGCGUCCAAGUGACUUUAAUUAGUGUUUGAAUAAAAUAUUUUGACCAAACAUGAGCGCAUACAGGAAACGGCUUGUUCGCUCGACCCGAGCAGUAUUACCUAGAAUGGAACAGAUUAAUCGAAAACCACCAACUACUAAUCGUAGCUAAUCGUAAUAACUGUACAUUACAUUUAUUGACCUCUAUCGUAUUUCAUUUGAGUUUUAUUUAAGUUAAUUAGUUUAAUUUAUUUGUUCUGCUGUAACUGUAAAUAGCCUUCGCAUUAAGUAGUUAUAGUACCGCAUGAAUCUGUGCACAUAUUGGAAUUUAAACGUAGGCUAUCCUUAACGAACAAACAAAGUAUGAACUUUUCUGUAACCUUUUGUGUUUUAAUUUAUGAAAAGAUAGGAAAUAACUGCACAUGCUGAAUGUCCAACGGAAGCAGCACAACAGCCUCGGAUAACUAACUAAAUAUCCAGUUAUGAGUUUAGGCCUAAGCGAUGUAAUUAGGCAACUUGUAAUAGAGCAUCACUUCUUUACAAAUGAACAAUUGUAUGAUUAGACACUGUUACACACACUGUAAACGCAUUCAAAUACUUUGGAAUACAAACAGUUGUGAAUAAACAAAAAUAAUUUAUUAAUAAAC